AUGGCCGUGCUGGCCGGGGCAGUUGUGCUGCAGCAGGGGCAGGGUGUGCUGCACAGUGUGCCUGCCAGCAUGGCUCUGCAGGAAGAUAUCUGUGUGUUUUAUGACUUAGGGCUGACACAGUUUAACAUUCUGCAAGAAAAAGGGCAGGCAAAAAGUUCAGCAAGCAAGCCAAGAGAGAAACCACCAGACACACUGCUGAUUGAGGUACACCAAUGGACCCCAUCUGAAAAUGGGAUGAGGAAGGAACUUUUUUCCACUCUUGGGAAAACAAAGAGCCAGAGCUGCAAAGCCAAUGAUGAUUUGUCAGACUCAUGCAAUGAAGGUAAAGAGCAAGAAUAUGCAGCUCUAUCAGAACAAACAGUUGUAAGAAAUCCCAAGAGUCUAAAAUUCCAGAUUUGUGCUCCUCAUCAGAAAAAAGGAGAAAAAGCAGUUUUCAACUGUGGUUUGUGCACGUUCUCCUCACUCAGAACAUCAAAUCUGAAUCGUCAUGUGAAAACCCAUUCUGAUGAGAAGAGGCACAUGUGUCACCUCUGCCUUAGGGCUUUUCAUACAGCUACUGUCCUGCAUAACCAUAUGAAUACACAUACAGGGACCAGACCCUACAAAUGCAGUGAGUGUGAUAUGGCAUUUGUGACCAGCAGUGAGCUUUCCCGGCACAGGCGCUACAAACAUACUUUAGAAAAACCUUUCAAGUGUUCAGAGUGUAAAUAUUCUUGUGUAGAAGCAAGCAAAAUGAAGCGACACAGUCGCUCACACACAGGUGAGCGUCCCUACACCUGUGACCUUUGCAGUUACGCCAGCAAGGACGCCUAUAAACUGAAAAGGCACAUGAGAACUCAUUCAGGUGAAAAACCCUAUGAAUGUUAUGUUUGCCACGCCAAAUUCACUCAAAGUGGUACCAUGAAAAUCCAUAUGCUACAGAAGCAUGGAGAAAAUGUGCCAAAAUACCAGUGUCCACAUUGUAGUACCUUUAUUUCACGAAAAAAUGACUUGGGAACCCACCUGCGAAAUCUGCAUUCCUACAUGGCAGUGGCAAUUAAGUGCAGCUACUGUGAAGCUGUUUUUCAUGAGCGUUAUGCUUUUAUUCAGCACGAGAAGACUCACAGAAACGAAAAGAGAAUCAAACGUGAUCAGUGCAGCUAUGCAUGCAUGCAGGAACGAUGCUUAAUUGUACAUAAACAAACCCAUUCUAGUGAGAAGCCCUUCACUUGCUUGAGCUGCAGCAAAAGCUUUCAACAGAAGCAGCUUCUCACUCUUCAAUUUAGGAAGCAUCAUGAUUCUAAUAUUAAGCCUACUGUUUAUCAAUGCCCUAGAUGUAGUAAGGGCUAUUCACUCUGUAAUAAUAUGCAUAAGCAUGCUGAAAAUUGUGGAUUACGCAGGGUAAAAACUACUACACCCAGAAAAAGAAGCAAGGGCAAAAAUAAAACCCAUGAGGAACCAAAGUGUGUUAAGCAAAAAGGUCAGGAUUCCCUGACAGUUAGUGAGUUCAGGUUUUGGCAGACCAAAAUGGUAGACUUUGGUCAGCUGAUGUCUUGCCAGCAAGAGCUCUACAGCAAUAAGUGA